CGUCAUUCGUUAAAUUUGGGCACGACGGUUUCCGGACGUCAUCCGGAUAUCGCAUUUUUGUUUUCGCGUUGACGCGAUGCCCCGCUUCUAUGGCCGAGGACAAUGGGACCCGAAGCUCAUCGGGCUGCAGAUCGUGUGCAUGCAGUGCGCCCAUUACAUUGGCCUCGGCGUCCUUCUCGGGCUCUGCCAUGGGGCCCACCUCUCGCUCGACCAGUUCUUCUCGUACGACCUCCACGCGCUCGAGAGCAUCGAUGGCGUCAAGACGUCGUUCGCGCACAUUACGAGCGGCCUCGUGAACGCCGUCUUGCUCUGCUACUUUGUCGAGCGGGCGAAGAAGUGCUUGGACUUUGGCGUCACGCUGCACGUGCUCGACCUCCUCGUGUGCUGUGUCUACAAGGGGUUUCCGUCGACAUGGAGCUGGUGGAUCGUCCAUGGUGUCGCGCUCGCCAUCACUGUCAUCCUCGGCGAAUACCUCUGCUCGCGACGGGAGCUGGAAGAAAUCCCGAUGCUCGACCUCUUUACGCGCCGUGGUGCUCCGUCGCCACGCAAAAAGUCGACUCAAAUGGAGUAAACGACAGUCUGACUUGUGAAAACAAGAGGAAAAUACACUUAAAAAUUAGCUCUACA